AUGGGCCGAUUCGACACCCUAAACAACGAGACCAAAGAUUUGGUGGAAUGCAUUCUUCCCGCUCUAGCACAGUCAUUUGGGAUCACCGACUGCAAAGAAAUCAUUCCCGAAGACAUCCGUAUGCGCGCCUGGGACUGUGAACGCCGCGACCACAUCAAGGACAAGACUGAGAACAACCCUCGCAACUGGGGUGUGCAGUUUCUGAAAGAUCUGAGGGCUAUUUCGCGUCUCAAGAACGGCAACUUAGAUCAAUUUCAAGUCGAUCUGCGCGCAAAAGUCGCUCUUCAUGAACCUAAGCAUCCGUGGUGCCGUCUAGCCGAUAUCAAGGAGCUCAAGCUUGAUUAUGAGCACCCAGAGCGCCUCAUUCAAGUCGACAGGGAGGAGUCAACAGAAGAGUCUUCUGAAGACGAUUACUUCGAGGAACUUGUAGAGCCAGAUCAACCCAAGGGAUCCAAGAAGCGACACGGCAACCACGAGCUCUACGAGGCACGCGUUGUGGAAAAGCGCCGCAAGAAGGCACCUGGCCGUCUCCGCCGCUCGCCGUCUGGCGGCUUCCAACGUUACGACAAAUACGCCAACAAGCGCAAUCGCUCCAUUCGCACCAGCGCCACUCCUGAAGGUCGCCGCCCCGCCAUUCAUCGUCCCACUCGAACCAUUCUCACCGACGAUGAAGACUCCAUCAGCUCUUCCGGCGGUCGUUCUCUUCUCCCCCAUCCGACUCCUGCCUUCUCCGUUUCUCCUGGUCCUCAGGGAGGGCGCAUUUACCCUGUUGAGACCGCAGAUACAUCCAACGAGCCUGUCGCGGUUCAGAAGCUACAGGCUGAGUUGGAAGUUGCGGAGGCUGAGCUCAAGGCCGCUCGUCUAAAGUACCAGUACCUCCAGGCGAAAGAGCAGGCCGAGAAUGAGUCCAUGUAUGGUGGUAGCGGUGUUCCGGAGCUUUCUCAGAGGUUUAAUUAG